GAACGGCGCCACGUAGGCUCGGCUGGGUGGGGCCCGGCUCCGGAAGGGCUGACGGGGUCUGCGGGACCCAGGCCUUGUAACAGCGGUUCUACCCCUCACAACGCCGUCAUGGCAGCCGAGAAGGACCAGCAGGAGGAUGCCGGGGCGGAAGGGCUGAGUGCCACGACUCUGCUGCCGAAACUGAUCCCCUCCGGUGCGGGCCGAGAGUGGCUGGAGCGGCGACGCGCAACCAUCCGGCCCUGGAGCACCUUCGUGGACCAGCGGCGCUUCUCGCGGCCCCGCAACGUGGGCGAGCUUUGCCAGCGCCUCGUACGAAAUGUGGAGUACUACCAGAGCAACUAUGUGUUCGUGUUCCUGGGCCUCAUCUUGUACUGUGUGGUGACAUCUCCCAUGCUGCUGGUGGCCCUAGCUGUCUUCUUUGGAGCCUGUUACAUCCUCUAUCUGCGCACGUUGCAGUCCAAGUUUGUGCUCUUUGGCCGAGAGAUGACCCCCGCCCAUCAGUACGCUCUGGCCGGGGGCAUCUCCUUUCCCUUCUUCUGGCUGGCUGGCGCAGGCUCGGCUGUCUUCUGGGUCCUGGGAGCCACCCUCGUGGUCAUCGGCUCCCACGCUGCCUUCCACCAGAUCGAGGCUGUGGACGGUGAAGAGCUGCAGAUGGAGCCGGUGUGAGGUGUCCGCCAGCCUCCCGCGCCAGCUGCCCCGUCCCUGUCCAGCCCUGUUCCGCGCACAGCUCUGCUGCUCCAGCCAAAGGCCCCCUUCCCAUCACAACCCCUGGGAACCAGCUUUGGAAAUAAAGCCGUCGUAGUUGUCAUUUAGCACAUA